UGUGUUUAGUCCGAGAUGAUCGAUCGUGUCUCUCUGGGAUACGUUUUUUUAAAUGACCGUUCAGCUGGAACAAACUGCUUUUCUGGCGCACAACGACAGCCCGAUCUAUUGGUCCAGAGGCGCGCAGUGUCAGCGCGUGACGCACGCGGAGCGCCUAUCCGCGGCCGGCACACUGACACCUGGCGGUUUCUUCUCCUCCCGAGUCCUGAGUCCCACACUUUGCUCCAUCACGACUGCUCCGGUUCCUCCUCUGCAGUGCGGUGCGCGGACUCUCCGCUGCGUUUUAUGGAAACGGACUCCGCGCGUCCUGUCGUGGUCAUGCUUCCUCCAAAAAACUGCCUGCCGAGGAACUACAGCUGUAUCGCCGGACUGUUCGGGAGCUUGGCGGCGGCCAACCCGCGACUAGAGGAUGAGGAGAAUUACGACAUAAUGAACGGAACCUGCGAGCCCGUGGACAGCCCGGUGGUGGAGGAGAGACCGCGCAGCCGAGAGGUCUUCCUGAAGCCGCCGACCAGUCCGAACCUGCGGCGGAGGUGCAAAUCCCUCCCAACCCCCUCAGAGAGAGGAAAGUUAGAGCUGUGCCGCAGCCGGAGCCCGACGAGCCAGAAAAAGGUCCGGUUCGCAGACUCUCUGGGCCUGGAGCUCAUUUCGGUGAAGCAUUUCGACGACACAGACGAGCCGGAGGUGCCGCAGCGCAUUUUGGCCAAACUCCCCAAAGGACCUAUGCACUUGAACCACUUGGACACUAAAUUCCCCCGAGCCCCGACGCAGUCUGUGUUCAUGGAACUGCAGUUCACCAACCCGGGCACACUGCCGGGCUUCGAGCAGAAGGUGAGAGAAGUGAGAGUGAUGCUCGAAAGCGUCCAGGCCGACGAAUUCAGCCUGUCCGGCUUCGUGCGCGUGCUGAACCUCGCCUUCGAGAAGAGUGUGUCUUUACGGUAUUCCCUCAACAACUGGAUAACCUUUAUGGACAGUUUGGCGUCUUACGUGCCCAACUCGAGCGACGGCGUCACGGACAAGUUCUGCUUCAAGAUCGUCAUGCCCACUUUUCUCGACAGCGGCGGCACGCUGCAGUUCGCCAUUAAAUACUGUGUGGACGGACACGAGUUCUGGGACAACAAUCAGGGCCACAACUACAAAGUGCGCCGUCACAGGUUGAAGAUGUCUCCGCCGCGGGAGUGGGAGAACGGCUGGAUCCAUUUCAUCUGAGCGGCACAUUGACGCGCGUAAUCCGUGCGUAAAUUUUCCUCCAUCUGGUACCUUAACGACGAGUGUAGCCUGUAACGAGUUUUGCGUUUUCUGCUGUUGUCAGUUGCAGACUGUCUGCAUUCCAUCCUCUUUCACAAUAAUUGUCUCACACACUGAACGUGGGAUGCGAUUAGAUAAUUAGCUUUAUUGACUGGAUUAACAGUUCGGUGCCCACUGGAAUGGCGCGUUCUCGUUGUGUAAUAUGAUUCAGGCACUGUGGAGAAAAAAAAACACAAAUGUCAGCUCAGGCAUGAGUGAUCAUUCCAGGAGAUGCUUCAGAUAUUUUUCUACAGUGAUGUUAAAGGGGUCAUAUUGUGCAACAUUGCUCUUAAAAUGAUUGGAGUUAUGUGAUAAAUAUCUUCAAAAGGUAACGUUUUUUCUGACUGUUUGUAGAAAUGAUCUGACUACAAGCAAAAAAAAAAAGUCUGAAAUGUUUCAUUUUAGGCAGUAAGUUAGCUUAGUGGUUCACACUGUUGCCCAACCUGGUCUCAUGGCAAGUUGUGCUUCAGCAGCACGAAAUAUACAUUAAUCUAU